UCUUAACGCCAUCUACCACGCUCUACAAGAACCCAUUCCCUCCCUCACCGCCUCCAUUCUCUAAACCUAAACUCUCUGUUCUCUCUCUCUCUUUCUCUCUCUAAGCUUGUCUCUGCAAAAGCCUACUUUAUUUCACUCCUUUCUUGCUCCUUUGCUCUCUCUCUCCAUUUACAUUGAAAAGAAAGUGUUUUUCAUAACUUGUUCAAGCUGGCGAUCGAAAACCACGACACCACUGUCCGUGAAAUCAAGCCCAAGAGUAGGAGAAUCAUGGGUGCUGGAGGUCCUGAUGAGGAAGACAACAGGUGGCCGCCAUGGCUGAAACCUCUGCUGAAAGAGAGCUUCUUUGUUCAAUGCAAGUUACAUGCUGAUUCCCACAAGAGUGAAUGCAACAUGUACUGCUUGGAUUGCAUGAAUGGUUCUCUCUGCUCUCUCUGCCUCGCCUAUCACAAAGACCACCGUGCUAUUCAGAUUAGGAGGUCCUCCUACCAUGAUGUGAUCAGGGUUAAUGAGAUUCAGAAGGUUUUGGACAUCAGUGGCGUUCAGACCUACAUUAUCAACAGCGCCAGAGUCGUCUUUUUGAACGAACGGCCUCAGCCUAGGCCUGGUAAAGGUGUCACCAACACCUGUGAAGUCUGCGAGCGUAGUCUCCUUGAUUCCUUCAGAUUUUGCUCUCUUGGUUGCAAGAUUACUGGAACCUCAAAGAAUUUUCAAAGGAGGAAGAAGCAAUUGACGGCAAUGGCAUCGGAUUCAGAGGAUUCAUACAGUAGCAGCAGCCAUGGAAGGUCAAGGAGCAGCAACAACAAGGUCCAGAGCUUCACACCAUCAACACCGCCUCCUACUUCUGUUAAUUACAGAAAUGCCAAGCGAAGAAAGGGGAUUCCUCACCGAGCUCCAAUGGGAGGGCUAAUCAUAGAAUAUUAGAAAAAAUAAUAAUAAUAAUACUAGGCCCCUUGUAUUUUCAGUUAUUUACCCUAUUUCCCCACUUAUACAAAAAUUAGCUCCAUUAGUGCCCCUUUCUCUCUCUUCCAAUGCCUCGAGCUUUUCUCCACCAAAAAGGCCGGUGUUGGACUACCCACUAGGCACUAGCUAAGUAAAACUCUCUCUCUUUGUUGCUUGGUAUUGUAAAUAGAAGCAAAAUAGAAGUGCAAAAGAUAGGUGGAAAAGAGGUAGGAAAUAAGAACAAAUGUGUGAAAGACUGGAUGAUGGAGUAGAACUUUUGGGAAGUUUAAAAAAAAAAAAAAAAAAAAAAAUCAAGGAUUAAGGUUUUACUAGAUUUUAGCCAAAAAAAAAAAAAUAUAGGGUGGUUUCAGAGUGAUUAUACAUAAGUUUUGGGUUUAAAAAAUGUAAAUAUUUGGGUUUUUUAUUUUUACUUUGGCUUUUUUUUUCUCUUUUUUUUUAUGUUUUUUUGGGGUUAGGAAAGUAGCGAAAAGACAAUGUACUCCUUUGAAAUAAGGAGAAUGUCCAUAUAUGGAAAAAAGAAAAAGCAAUAAAGAGAUUCUAUAGUUUGUAUGUAA